AUGAGCAGCAACAGCUGGUGGAGAUCAGAGAAUGAGGGGCUGAGCAGGACAUUUUUAAGCUCCGCUCAGGACAUGGAUGCACCACUUACUCUGUCCUUCUCGACUUACAUGUACCUGGCCGUGGUGUAUGGGAACAUUUUGAUAUACCGCCGUAAAAAGUUGUUGGUCCCUUGGUAUUGGUAUGUCGUCCUGGGAUUCGUUGACGUCCAUGGGAAAUACAUCGGUUCGGCUGUUUGUGUGGCCGGCCUCAGCCUAGUCUUCCUUUCUGAUGCAGGGGUGGCCGGUGGAGGUGGUUCGAUUCCUGUUUUGGGUGAUUGUCUUGUAAUCGCAGGCUCGUUUUUUUAUGCAAUAAACAAUGUUGGAGAGGAAUUUUGUGUGAAGGAAAAAGAUCAAAUUGAGGCAGUGGCUAUGAUUGGCAUGUUCGGCAUGCUCGUUAGUGCAACUGAGAUUAUUGUCCUCGAGAGGAAGGCAUUCGAGUCGGUCAAAUGGUCUGCUGGACUUGCUCGGGCGGCUGAGGUAUAUAGUGGUCCUGGGUGGACUGCUGCUGAGGUGGGAAGGGCUGGGGCGGCUGAGGUAUGUAGUAGUCCUGGGCGGACGGCUGUUGAGGUGAGAAAGGCUGGGGCAGCUGAGGGGGCGGCUGAGGUGAGAAGUGCUGGGGGCGGUUGA